CAAGAUGUCAGCGCCCAUGACAUGUAAUGAAUUUUUUUAGUACUUUCUCAUUUUCUAAGCAUUUAAAAGACUUAUGUGCAUACGAAACAAGUUUGAUUAAUAUCUCACUAUAGUUUAAUUCCAUAUAGUCCAUUAGAAGUUGUCAAAAUGAGUACAGCCAGAGGAAACAGUAAAAAAUCUGGACCUCCAAAACAUCAAAAUAAAUCUGCCUACAGAAACGACAUGCAUUCUAAAAGCAAACAGUUAGCAGCCUUAAACAAUAUGAAAAUGACAGAAUUAUGUCCAAGAUGUGCAGAAGUAAUUGAAUGGAAGAUAAAAUUCAAAAAAUACAAGGCCUUGACAACUGCAAAGAAGUGCACCAAAUGCCUCAUACAAAAGACAGUGAAGAGGGCAUACCACAUCAUCUGUGACAGUUGUGCAAGGAAAGAUAGUGUCUGUGCUAAAUGUGGAGAGAAGACAGGAAACAUAGAGCAGGGAGGUCCAUCAACAUCUGAGCAACAAGCACUCGAUGAGGAAUUUCAAGCAGAACUAAGGAUGCUUCCAGAGCGUAAAAGACGGACAUAUCUGAGAUUACAAGCACAAGGCAAGCUGACGGGGGAGGCAAUAGCUAAAAUAAAAGACUUAGAUCUUACAGAUGAUUCUGAAGAUAAAAUUGAGGAUUUUGAGGAUAGUGAAGAGGACAUUGAGAAUGAGGAUCAAGACACUUGAAUUAUUUAUAUUAUUUGUAUAAAUAUUGCUUAUGAAAUACAAUGCAGUACAGAUACACAAAUCUAGCUUCUGU